UAGACUUCCCUCCACACUUAACUAAUCAAGAUGAACUUCUCUUCAUCAACAAAAUAUUUCUUUCUCUUUGUAGCAUUAGCUAUAAUAGCUGAUGUACCAAGACUAAUCUUGGCACAAAACUGUGGGUGUGCAGCAAAUUUAUGUUGUAGCAAAUGGGGUUAUUGUGGAGAGGGAAAGGAUUAUUGUGGUGAAGGGUGUCAAGGGGGGCCAUGUUUUAGUACUACACCAUCAGGCAAUAAUGGCGGUUCAGUUUCUGAUAUUGUAUCUGAUGCAUUCUUUAAUGGGAUAGCUGAUCAAGCCGCUUCUAAUUGUGAAGGAAAAGGGUUUUAUUCAAGGGAUAAAUUCUUUGAAGCUCUUAAAUCUUAUCCUAACUUUGGAACUGUGGGUUCUAAUGAUGACUCUAAACGUGAAAUUGCUGCUUUCUUUGCUCAUGUCACCCACGAAACUGGCCACAUGUGCUACAUAAAUGAGAUAAAUGGUCCAUCAGGCGACUAUUGUGAUGAGGACAACAAAGAGUACCCUUGUGUAUCAGGCAAGAACUACUAUGGUCGAGGACCAAUUCAACUAUCAUGGAACUUCAACUACGGACCUGCUGGAAAAUCCAUUGGAUUUGAUGGCCUAAAUGACCCUGACAUAGUUGCAAGAGAUGCUGUUAUUUCCUUCAAGACAGCAUUGUGGUAUUGGAUGAACAAUUGUCAUUCACUAAUUACUUUUGGACAAGGUUUUGGUCCAACUAUUAGAGCUAUUAAUGGUAGACUUGAAUGUGAUGGUGGUAAUCCUCAAACUGUUGCUAGAAGGGUUGAGUAUUACACUCAGUAUUGUCAACAACUUGGUGUUGAUGCUGGGGAUAAUCUCACGUGUUAAUUAACAAUAUAAGUUGGAAUCAACACUAUACUUAUAAUAUAUUAUAAUUACACUCUUGUCGUGCUUACACUGGUUCGAUCUCAAACCUUAUUUGUGAGAUUAAUCUAAAUAUGUUGUUGUUGUUAGUCAGAUUUUACAUAUGUGUGUGUUCUGAAAACUGAAUAAGACUUUGUUAUACUUGAUUUUGUUUAAAUAAAUAUACUCAUCCACAACUUGUAGUA